AUGUAAGACACAUACACAUAUUAGAUUCUUAAAAAAUGCAAUGGUAAAGUAAUUAUGCAGAUCGAUGAACACCUGUUGGAUAUCAUCAAUGCUCAUCUCACCAUCAAGCCUCAAUAAUAGUAAACUGAGGUACCAUACUCAGUUAAGAAACAACACAAUUUCUAACGUAGGAUUGUGCCAUUCUUCAUGAACCAAUUCAUGCAUUGGGCUGAAGUAAUGGGAUAUAAAUAAGUUGAUGGCUACUUGAGAGCUAUUCACAAGAAAAAGACCUCCAAACAACAAAAGUUCGAAUUAGGAGACCUUAAAAAACUAUUCGGAGCCAUCAAUCCAAGAACAAAGAUCAUUCAGUUGGAAACUUAACACAAGUGGAUAGAAUUUUUAGGAACUUAAGCUGAAAUUUGUGUGCUUAUCAAUAACAAGAUUAAAGAUCAAUCUACAAAAUAGAUGUACAUCUAAGCUAUUGAGCAACUGAAAGAAUAGUUGCACAAAGAAUAACCAUAUGAUAAAUUUCUAAGUCUCUCAAAAAAAGACGAAGUAAAAGAGGAGUCUAUUAAAGAAGAAUAUUUAAGUUCUGAAGUUCCAACAGAUGAAUAUGCACCAACUUAUUAUUAAGAUCCAUACACCUAUCUAAGUUGUGCUUACAAUAAUGAAUUCUGAUUUUAUUCUCAUUUAUAUUUAACAAAUUUAUGACAUCAUUCA